AUGUCGAACACUUUGAAAUUGGUGUCUACUUUGGAAUAUCAUCAUCCCUCCUCGGAUGCAGCCUUGAAUAUUUGGCAAAUGUUAUCGCAACAAGAAUUAAGUAUCAAGAACCCUAAUAGCGAUUAUCCUUCUAAUUCUUUACCCACCUCAUUAACCAUUAAAUUUGAACUUAUUACUCAUGACCGAUAUUGGUUUAAUACUGAUCGAUUUGAACACGAGCAAGAUCAUACCAAAUUACUCCUUCUCAGAUUUUUCCCUUCUACAUACAUGUCAUUUGAAACCUUCUUCUACAAUGUCAUGCGAGAAAAUACCAAGAAUUGGGGUGAGGAGUUUGAUAAGAAUUAUCGUAACGUUGUCAUUCAUGAUAUGACUGGCAAAGUCCGUGAAAAUAUGGAUGAUGAGAAUAACAAGGGUUGCCAAGACUUGAUUGUGUUCGUUCGUGGAGUUUUAGUCGUUAACCAUUCUUUGUCCGGUGAUGAUGAAUGUAUGAUUUGCUUUGAAGAGCUUGGAAAGGAGAGGGAGUUGAUGGGCAUGCCUUGCUCACAUGUGUUUCAUGGAGAUUGCAUUACAACUUGGCUAGAGAUUGGCCAUUCUUGCCCCCUUUGCCGUUAUGAUAUCCUAGCCACCUAG